CUUCUGUUUUUGGCAGUUGACUGUUGGGAUGGCCCAGAUGGAGAGCCAGUGGUCCACCAUGGUUAUACUCUCACUUCAAAAAUUCUCUUCAGAGAUGUUGUGGAGACCAUCAACAAGCAUGCAUUCGUGAAGAAUGAGUUCCCAGUUAUACUGUCCAUUGAGAACCACUGCAGUAUUCAGCAGCAGAGGAAGAUUGCUCAGUACCUGAAAGGAAUAUUCCAGGACAAACUGGACCUGUCAUCUGUAGACACAGGAGAGUGCAGGCAGCUUCCAAGCCCUCAGAGUCUGAAAGGCAAAAUCCUAGUGAAGGGCAAGAAGUUGCCGUAUCACCUCGGGGAUGAUGCAGAGGAAGGGGAAGUGUCAGAUGAGGACAGUGCAGAUGAGAUUGAAGAUGAGUGCAAGCUCAAGCUGCAUUACAGUAACGGGACCACUGAGCACCAGGUAGAAUCUUUCAUACGGAAAAAGCUGGAGUCACUGUUGAAGGAGUCUCAGAUUCGAGACAAAGAAGAUCCAGACAGUUUCACAGUGAGGGCGUUACUCAAGGCUACACAUGAAGGCUUAAACGCACACCUGAAGCAGAACCUGGAUGUGAAGGAAAGUGGAAAGAAGUCCCAUGGGCGAUCCCUGAUGGCCAACUUUGGGAAGCACAAGCAGAAAACUACGAAAUCACGUUCUAAAUCCUACAGUACUGAUGAUGAGGAAGAUAUCCUUCAGAAUCCGGGCAAGGAGGGAGGCCAGCUGUACAGGCUCGGCCGCCGAAGGAGGACCAUGAAACUCUGCAGAGAGCUCUCGGACUUGGUGGUGUACACAAACUCCGUGGCAGCCCAGGAUAUUGUGGAUGAUGGGACCACGGGGAAUGUGCUGUCCUUCAGCGAAACAAGAGCUCAUCAAGUGGUCCAGCAGAAGUCAGAGCAGUUCAUGAUCUACAACCAAAAACAGCUCACAAGGAUUUACCCCUCUGCCUACCGCAUCGAUUCCAGUAACUUCAACCCUCUGCCCUACUGGAAUGCAGGCUGCCAGCUAGUGGCUCUGAACUACCAAUCUGAAGGGCGAAUGAUGCAGAUAAAUCGAGCAAAAUUCAAGGCAAACGGCAACUGUGGCUACAUCCUCAAGCCCCAGCAAAUGUGCAAAGGUACAUUCAAUCCUUUCUCUGGUGACCCACUUCCUGCCAACCCCAAAAAACAGCUCAUACUGAAAGUGAUCAGUGGACAGCAACUCCCCAAACCCCCUGACUCUAUGUUUGGGGACCGAGGCGAGAUCAUUGACCCUUUUGUUGAAGUUGAAAUUAUUGGGCUGCCAGUAGACUGUUGCAAGGACCAAACUCGAGUGGUGGAUGACAACGGAUUUAACCCUGUGUGGGAAGAAACCCUAACUUUUACAGUUCACAUGCCAGAAAUAGCUUUGGUUCGGUUCCUUGUGUGGGAUCAUGAUCCUAUCGGAAGAGACUUUGUCGGGCAAAGGACUGUGACCUUCAGCAGCCUAGUACCCGGCUACCGGCAUGUCUACCUGGAAGGACUCACGGAAGCAUCUAUUUUUGUUCACAUAACAAUCAAUGAGAUCUUUGGAAAGAACAGACAGCUCCAAGGCCUGAAAGGGCUGUUCAAUAAGAAUCCCAGGCACAGUUCUUCAGAAAACAACUCACAUUAUAUUCGGAAGCGAUCAAUUGGAGAUAGAAUUCUGCGGCGUACAGCCAGCGCUCCAGCCAAAGGCAGGAAGAAGAGCAAAGUGGGCUUCCAAGAAAUGGUUGAGAUAAAAGAUUCUGUCUCUGAGGCUGCAAGAGAUCAAGAUGGUGUCCUCAGGAGGACCACACGGAGCCUGCAAGUGCGCCCUGUGUCUAUGCCCGUUGACAAGAGCCUUCUGGGGGCUUUGUCACUGCCCAUAUCUGAAGCAGCAAAAGACACAGAUGGAAAAGAAAACCAUCUGGCAGAGGACAAGGAUGACGGAAGAAAGGGGACAGCAACUAUAAAAGACCCACAUUUUUCAAAUUUCAACAAAAAGUUAUCCUCCUCCUCCAGUGCACUCCUCCACAAAGAUGCCAACCAAGGGCCAACUACCAGUGUAUCAAACCCAGAACAGUGUGGAGGAUCAGGUGCAAAGAGUGGGAGGAUCAAACCAAAUAUGACAAAUGAUUGCCAGGAAAAUCACAGUCCCCCAAAAUUCCUCUCUCCAAGGAAACAUUUGGCGCUUGAUCCUGCGACGAAGGGACUGCAAGAUCUGCAUGGAAUGAGAACCGAUGAAAAUGAACAGGCCGAGGGCUUCGCGGGAGGGAAAAGCACGCUGUCCGGAAGCGUUCUUUCUCAAAGUUCUCUGGAAGUGGAGAAUCUGGAAGGCAGCAGGGCCAAGGGCAGAGCUGCAACGUCCUUUUCUCUCUCCGACAUCUCCGCACUCUGUUCUGACAUCCCUGAUUUACAUUCAACUGCCAUUCUACAGGACACUGAAAUUUCCAAUCUCAUUGAUGACGUGACUUUAACAAGUGAGAACCAGUCGGGCAGUUCCAUCUCAGCACUGAUUGGCCAGUUUGAAGAGAGCAACCACCCGGCUAACGUUACUGUAGUUUCUCAUCUCCUUAGCACCAAUGGGACAUCAGGAGGUGCCCCUAUGCCGAUCACAUUGGGCCUCCAAACACCCUUAAAGCAUGGAUUUUCCCAGGGGAAACACAAAGCCUCCUUCUUGUGCUCAUCUCCUGAGCUGAACAAGCUCUCUAGUGCUGAAACCACCAAACUGGCAAAUAACAUAGUUGCUUGUGGAGCGAUUGGCUCUCCCAUCUCUACACCAAAGCCAAGUGAUGACCCUUCUGAUAAAGCCAAGACAAGGGUCAUGGAAGGCAACAUGCAUGGGUUCCCUGAUGCUUCUCCUGGUCAGUUUCCCAAAAGCCCCACCCAUGAAGAGCACCAAAGGCAAGUGAUGAACAGCCCUGCUCUCUCUAUGGAGUUGGCCAUGGAAGAUAUAAUUGCAGACCCCAUUCUCUAUAUAAAUUCUGCAGACAGCAGUCUUGUGGAAAUUGAUGGAGAAUCUGAAAACCUGUCUUUAACAACCUGUGACUACGGAGGAGAAGCUCGGAAUCAACUUGUUUCUCCACUAAAACUGCAGCAGAGCCAGGAGAUGGUGGAACACAUCCAGAGAGGCUUGAGGAAUGGCUACUGUAAAGAGAUGCUCCUCCCUUCUGAAAUAUUCAACAAUAUUCCAGGUGUCAAAAAUCAUAGUAUUUCUCAUCUAACCUAUCAGGGUGCUGGCUUUGUGUAUAACCAUUUCUCAAGUUCAGAUGCAAAAACGAACCAAAUCUGUGGGUCCCAGCAGCCUAGGGCUCCAGAUAUGCAUGCCCCUACACCCUCACAGUCAACACAUGCUCCUUUGGCUGCUUUGAAACUGCCAAGUCCAUGCAAAUCCAAAAGCCUGGGGGACUUAACAUCAGAGGACAUUGCCUGCAAUUUUGAAAGCAAGUACCAAUGUAUUAGUAGGAGUUUUGUGACAAACGACAUUAGAGACAAGAACGUGACUAUGAAGACAAAGUCACUAGAGCCUUUAGAUGCCCUAACCGAACAGCUCCGGAAGCUGGUGUCCUUUGACCAAGAAGACAGCUGUCAAGUGCUGUACUCAAAGCAGGAUGUCAAUCAGUGUCCCAGGGCAUUAGUCAGAAAGUUGUCAUCUAGAAGUCAGAGCAGAGUGCGCAACAUUGCUAGCCGUGCCAAGGAGAAGCAGGAAGCUGGCAAGCAAAAAGCUAUGACCCAGAGCACCAGAGGAGGAGUGGUCCUUAGAAGUAAACCGCCAGCCCCUGCUCUGGCCAUGAACCGUCACUCCACGGGCUCGUACAUUGCAAGCUACCUGAGGAACAUGAAAGCUGGUGGCCUAGAGGGUCGAGGCAUCCCAGAGGGGGCAUGCACGGCCCUGCGCUACGGCUACAUGGACCAGUUUUGUUCGGAUAAUUCAGUUCUGCAGACUGAACCAAGCAGUGAAGAUAAACCCGAAAUUUAUUUUCUUCUGAGGCUUUGAAUUAUAUAAAGCUGCAUUUUCAUGGUGUACAUGAUAUUCUAUAGGAUGUUAGAUUUUUUUUUUCCUAUUGUCAGUAAAUAUAAUACUGGGCUUUGAAAUGAUUUCCAAAUGUAUUUUUAAACUUGUAUUUUGGUCUCCCAUUGACUUAUGCAUUUGUAUAUAGAUUCUGUGACAUUUCCCGGGAACCCAUGAACUUUCCCCCAAGGUAUUGUAAACUGUGUCAGUAUGAAAUGUGUGCAUGCCCUUCAUGUGAAACUUCUCAGCAGCUUGGGUCACAGUGUGCAUAUGUUGCACAGAAAUGUUUUUCCGUGUCCUCCGAUUACAGUCCCAGAGGCUGUCACCGUUACUCACUAAGUGUUGAGCUGACUUAAGAUUAAACUUUGAAAACCAUAAAGGGAUGGAUUCUUUAUUUGAAGCUACAUUUUCCUUCUGAAUUGAGAGGCCCAGAUUCAGUUUUAUAAUCCAUUUAAAAGAAAUGUUUUAAGUGGUUACGUUGUGCCCUUUAUGAUUUCCACAGGCCACCCAAAGUGGGAAUUCCAUGAAGAUAGAUAGUGUCUCUCUAGCCCCCAAAGCCCCUUUAGAAUAGGCUGUGAGGAAGAAAACGAACUUAUGUAGAUAAGGACAAGUUAGUUUGUUUUGCAAUAAAUUUUGUUACAUAUUUUUGCUAAUGGCUUUGUAUGUAACAAGAAUCCAGUUGCCAAGCUAGCUGUCAUACAUUAAGAUUGAAUAUAAUGGCUUUCAGAAUGAGAGACUUUCAGCUGGGUAUGGUGGCUCACAACUUUAAUCCCAGCAGAAGCAGAUGAGU